GCCAUAUUGUGAAAUACUGUAAACCCAUGCAGCCUUUGUUUUUAGUUUACUAGUGUAGUGUUUUUUCAGACAAAACAAUAACAAAUGUCACAAUAAUCAGGGCAAGUGUUGUGGUUCCAUGGAAAAUGUUUUCAUCUCUAAAAAAACAAAAACUGCCAAAUAAUACGCUGUAUCCCAUUGGUAAUAUUUUGGCAGCUGAAAUUCAAUCAGUUUUGAUCAAUUCAAUUGGCAAUUACAAAUUGUACUUACGAAGGGUCAGAGUUUCAGCGACGGAAGUGAUAACUGUUUGCAGAGGGGUAGAGCUGCAUUGUUGGUAGAAGAUUUUUUAAAUAUUUUUCAACAUGGAUUUUACUGAAGAGCAAAUAAAGGAUGCAAAAAAAUUUGGACAGUUUUACUUUGACCUCGUUGAAAAUCAUAAAAACACUGUUAAGUAUUAUGUAUCCAGUGAUGUAACAUUGGAUUGGUUUGGACAAACUGUGAAAGGCGAAAAGAAAGUGAAUCUCUUCCUCAAGUCGACAUUAUCGACAAUAAAGCACUACUUCACUGAUCCAGCACCAGUUGAAAAGAUCGGUUUCCGAGAAACGCAUGUGAUAAAAUUACAUAGCGAACAAAAGAAAAAGUUGAACACAUUGAUGAGUCCACCAAGGACAACGUAUUUCCUUAGAACUCCCACAAAACAAACGCAGCCAUCCACAAGUUCAACACCAACAGGCGAUAAAACAACCCCCAGGGUAAAUUCAAAUGAACACCUUCAAGUUUCGCCGGCAAAGAAAUUCAAAGCGGCGCCUUCCGAGUGGUCUGAUGCCGAAGAGACCAUCGAGCCGGAAAGUGGAAUAUCGGUUAAAUACAUCACUUGCGAUGGAUCCGUCGAGUUUCAUAAGCCUAGCAGUAAGAAACUGCAAGCAGAGACAAAGUGGAAGAGACCCUGCAAGCUCAGUGUGGGAUAUACAUCUACAAACAAACAGGACUAUACUAUUCACUUAAUUAUUUACGAGGGUAAUGUAAAGUGCAGACGAAACUUGAUGAAAGACUUCAGUUCUGAGGAUGAGGAAAAUUAAUCCGAAAUUGUUGUUGCUCAUUUUUGACCAUUUUUAAAAUCAGUGACACUUGUUUAUGAAAGAUCUGAUUAUUUGGUGAUAUAAUUAUUUUUAUGUUUGAGACUUGAUUUGGACAAGAAAAGGGAGUGAUUAGUGGCAGUUUCGGCUUGUGUAUUAUAGACUUUGAUUUAUAAUAUUUAACACAUUUUCUAGACUAGUGCAAUUAGUUAUAAUUUCUCUUCAAGUUGAGAGUUUAUUUGUUAUGUACCUGUACAAUACGUAUUCACGUGGUACUUUAAGAUUUUUAUGAAAAAUGUAAUACAUGAUGAUAGUAUCUUUGUUGACAAAGGUAACUUGUUUUGUAAUUAAGUGAGAAGUAACCUAAUAUGUGAUUUACAUUGUGCCACCUAUCAAACAUAGGGUCCAAUUGUUUUAUUAUAUUUGAUAUUGUUAUGACAAUAAAAUCACUUUAAAGUAAAA